AUGGCGCCAACCAGAGGAGCCAAAUCUUCCUCUCCUUCCAGCCGCAAGCGAACGCCGCGUGAGGCGCCUGUUCAAGCAUCUCCCUCUGAGUCUCCACGGCCAGAAGCUGCUUCGCGUCCGGCCAAGCCCGCAAUACAGCAACCUCCGGCGAGGCGUUAUCUCACCAGGUCAGGGGGCCGUCCCCUGCAAAAAAGAGCCAGGGUUGAAAGCUCAGAGCCCAUCGACUUAACAGGGCAGUCCCCUGUUCUCUCUCCAGAGCCUUCUCCGGUGCCAUCUCCGGCACCGCCGGUGAAACCUCAAGCAAGCCAGCCGCCACUUUCUGAGCCCCAAAUUCCGUCUGAGACAGCUCCUGAAGUGAUGAUCAGGCGUCCGAUGCUCACUCAACCACCAAUUGAAGGCAAUUUGGACUGCCGAGCUCGGCCAUUUCACUCUGAGCUGUGCUUUGACACAGCCACCUUCCAAUUGCGGCCGGAGCUUGAAGCACUGGACUCAGAGGAGAGGAGUUCUUUUGGAGGCCCUAUUCAGGAUUUCUGA